UUUGUUUGUUUAUGUUUAAGAGGAGAGGUUGGUUUUGGUUAAGUUAUAUCGACAUCAACAUAUCGUAGAAUAAAACACCGCUCACCAAUUAAUAACAACACAGAAUCGCCAGUAAUCGGGAAAAUAAUUACAAUAAGUUAUUGCUUGGUUACCAGUACUAUAUUGAAGUUUAAGAUGAUUUGAAAAUUAACACCAAAUGAUUGGAGCAUGUAGGAUCUUUCCUAGACAGUUUUCGAAGUAUUUCCCAGAAAUUGGAAGAAUGUCAAAAUCAAAGGGUCAAAAGUCUAAAAACAAAAACAAUAAAAAUGAAGAGAACCCUCCCUCAGAUAUUCCAAUAGGACCAGUGUCUGCUCGAAAAGAUGGAAAUAUUUCUAUUAAAAUAUUAGCAAAGCCUGGAGCCAAAACUAAUAAUAUAACUGACAUAGGUGAGGAGGCUGUCGGUGUUCAGAUCAGUGCUCCUCCUGUAGAGGGGGAAGCCAACACGGAAUUGGUCCGAUACAUGUCUGGAGUCCUAGGUCUGCGGAAAAGUGACGUCACUCUAGAUAAGGGAUCAAGAUCCAGACAAAAAACGAUCCUACUUCAGUCAGGGACUUUGUCUGUCAGUGAAGUGAUAGCAAAAUUAAAGUCAGCUAUGGAUAGCUAGCACUAGGUUAAAAUAAUUAUGUACAUGUAAAUAUAAAUAAUA